AUGCGGCGCCUCCUCGCAUGCCUUGGAACUGUUGCCAUCCAUGCUUCGGCCAGAAGCACAACUCCUGCAGACAUCAAAGCGCGCGUCGAAGAAGGUGAAGGGGUGCCUUUCUUUGACGAGCGCUUUAGUUGCCGUCAGGACGGUGGGGCCUGGAGCGCCUUUCGUGAGCUCGUGGAGUAUGGGCGACAACAAAUUUUUGACCCAGAUGAAGGCGAGAUCUUGGCUAAAGAGCUCGUCUUGUCGCUGGCAGAGCGCACUGCCAAUGUCUCCUUGAUUCUGCAGUGCAAUGUGGGUGUGAUUGCGGGAUAUCAUUUGCUAGCAAGAAGAUAUGUUGCAGCUGGGGAUGACUGGAAGGCAUAUCGCUUGCUUCAACUUGCAUUGAUUUAUGUUUUUACCUUGCGCAAUGCGCUGAGAGUGCCAGAAGAAGCUGCUCGAGACUGGGCCACUCGAACCGACCGUAUCGUCUCUGAGAUCAAAAUACUGAAGGAACGACUGCACCAGGAACAGCAGAGGCGCUACUUACGGCUGCCCCAAGUUGAUCCAACCCUGAGAAUCGACCUACGAAUUGCAGUUGUGUCGAUUUGCGCAUAUCCUCCUGAGCACCCUUUGGUCUUGCGAAAUAUCACUCCAAGUAAUCGCAAAAGCUACGGGCUUUUGCAUGACUAUGACGUGCACGUGCACUAUGAACAUCCAAUGCCCGGAAAGGGUGUUCACAUUCAACACUCCAAGUUGCAAUUGGUCGCUCAUUAUCUUCGCUCAGGUAUUUAUGAUUGGGUCGCAUGGUUCGACUGCGAUUCAAUCAUUAUGAAUCUAAAUCGCACAUUGGACUCCAUAAUCUUUCGGUAUGCAAGGCGAAAUGCAAGACUUGCGGUGGACUCUGAAGAAGAUGGACCGCGGAAUGCUAGUCUUGCACCGCAAGCGGAGUAUGACACGUUUGGCGGAACGCAUGAUUAUGCAGAGCCAUUCGAAGAUGAGGUCCUCGAGUCUUAUGUUGGCCAUGUGGGAAGUUGCAACUCUGACGAAGGCUGCUAUUUGUCCACCAGUGUUAGGGUGAACCCCCGAGUGCAAUAUAGGGCUACAUUGCGUGCGGCACAGAUCGACAUGGAGCAGGACAGUGAAAAACUCUCCUUUGUGACGCUUGCUGGUCGUGACAUGGGUGAAUGCAAUCCAAAGCCUGAUAGUGACUUUGACUGCCGGCUUCACAACUGCUUCACCGAUAUCGAAGUUGACCCAGCAGCUGUUGCAACUGGCCGAGUUACUUUGGAAGCCCGCGCUGUGCGGACUCACAACGAUUGUCAUUGCAGCCGAAUCCAUGGCAUUUGCUACUCUGCUGCCUUGGCAGCGCUGGAGGAGCUCGAGGGUGAGAAGGUCACGGACCCGAGAUAUGGAGCCUUCCUGGUCCUCACACUCACACCUUUCGUGGCGAAUUCUUCUCAGAUGUCGAGGCCAGAUGAGCCAACAAGGGAGAUUGAGGAGUCAGGAAUUCCGGGCUGCAGCUGCCAGCAGCUGCCCAUGACAUGCAGUAGGGCCCCGUUCGAUGCCACCACGUGGCACAACUCCGUCAAUAGCUUUGCAAAGCCGGCAGCUGUGAGAAGAAGGGGAGCUGAAUGUGUAGACUCUGAUGUUCUACUGGGAAUUUCAGUGUCAUUGCCACUGUGCUUGCAGCUGUGUCGCGAAGUGCCCAGCUGCCGCUUCGUGGCCUACGGAGUUGGGAGGAAGCGUGGGCAGUGCCACUGGGAAAUUGGUGACUGCUUGGAAUUCGAAGAUGACUUCUACAAUGUGUAUGACAUAACACCAACGCUGGGAGUUUCGCAGAUUUCGGCAAUUUCUCGCACGGGGUGCUCUACAAGAUGUGCGCUGGCGGCUGAGGAGGACAGGCUUGGCCCACCAGACGAAGGUGUUGACCUCCUCAUCACCGAGGAAGGCUGGGGGCUGAGCUCGGCAAACUGGCUUAUUCGACGAAGUGACUGGAGCAUCGACUUCUUGGAGCGUGCCUUCCGCCUUUGUCACAGCGACAUGCCGCUGUUCGGAGAUCAGGAUGCCAUGAUUGAAUUGCUGCUGAAUCCGGGCUCGCUGUCUCUUGGAGCUGCAGAUGACCGUGACCCGCUGGACUCACACGCGGUCAUUGUCCCCCAGCGUGAAAUCAACGCCUACGACGUGCCUCGGUGGAAACUCUUUGUCAUGAUGCACAGCGCGUUCUGUUGGAUUGCUUUUGUGCUGCUUCGCCAUUUCGCAGCCUCGGAAAUUUGCAGCUAUUUGAGCUCAAAGCGGGACGCCCGUGAGAGUUUGGAAAGCCGCAGGUGCAGGAAAGGUUGUGUGUACCCAGCCAUUGGACUCGAGCUCCUCGCGCAGUUGCUGGCAGAGAGCGGGUAUAUCCUUCGCAUGGGUCAUUCUCGUUGGCAGGGGCAAAUAUAG